UUAUCUUGUAUGUAGUUGAGCCAAUUCGCUUCCUGUGUUGAUUUAUAUAUUUAUAAUUCUGGGCAACCAUGACUGUCCUUUAUUUAUAGUUAUAUUUCAUUUAUUAGUUAAAUGCUUUGACGUUUAUUUAGUCCAUUAACAACGCGGCCAUAGAAACCUCUAUGUAACUUCAUUCAAACGUCAAAAGCAGUCCUUCUGUAUUCACAGCCUCGCUUUUACCUCGAAAACAAUCCUUCUUCGACGCGAUUGGUCAGUUCUUGAAAUCACGCUGCGAGCGCUUUUAGGUGUCCUUGCAAACGCCUGAAGAAAACAAGCUCACCCGAGUCCAUCCAUGUACUGUGCAGAGGCAGAUGAUGAACGUCUGUCCUUUCUGAAGCGAUUUUACUUCGUUUUCUAGCCUGGCGUUUGAAUGCGAAUAUUAAAGUCAUUAUAGUAAAGUUAUUAUAGCAGCGUUUUGCUUUAAGCUCGCGCCAGCUGCAAGCAUGGACUGCAGAGUUCUGUCAGUUCAGAGUCAUGUUGUCAGAGGAUAUGUGGGAAACAAAUCUGCUUCUUUUCCUUUACAGGUGCUGGGUUUUGAAGUCGACACUAUCAAUUCUGUGCAGUUCUCCAAUCAUACAGGAUAUGAGCACUGGAAGGGCCAAGUGUUGACCGCGGAUGAAUUGCAUGUCCUGUACGAGGGGAUCAAGCUCAACAACGUCAACCAAUAUGAUUAUGUGCUCACAGGGUACACUAGAGACGAUUCCUUUUUGGAUACGGUAGUGGACAUUGUGCAGGAGCUGAAGAGAGCCAACCCGAGCCUGGUGUAUGUGUGUGAUCCGGUGCUGGGUGAUAAUGGAGCUAUGUAUGUUCCUGAGAACCUGCUGCCUAUAUACAGAGAUAAAGUAGUCCCGGCCGCAGACAUAAUCACUCCCAAUCAGUUUGAGGCUGAGCUCCUCACUGGUAGACACAUAAGUUCAGAAAAAGAUGCAGUUGAAGUGAUGAAGCAGCUGCACUCGAUGGGUCCAGACACGGUGGUCAUCACCAGCUCAGACCUGCCCUCUUCUUUGGGAGCUCAGUAUCUUGUUGCCCUGGGGAGCCAGAAAAGAGUGAGAGCAGAUGGUACACUGACGACACAGCAGAUCCGAAUGGACAUCCCUAAGGAGGAUGCUGUGUUUGUGGGAACCGGAGAUCUCUUUGCUGCAAUGCUGCUGGCGUGGACACACAUCCACCCAAAUGAUCUGAAGGUGGCCUGUGAAAAGACGGUUUCAGUCAUCCACCAUGUCAUUAAGAGGACUAUUACUUAUGCAAAUGAAGCGGCCGGUCCCAAUCGAAAGCCCAGUCCUGCUCAGCUCGAGCUGCGGAUGGUCCAGAGUAAAGCAGACAUUGAGGAUCCCGUCAUAGUGUUGAACGCUGUCGUUCUGUAGUGCUCUAAUCUUAGACUCUGUACUAGACGAUGUGAAUGUCAUUGAACAGCAAGAGAUUACGAUCACAAUACUCGGGCACUAAUGUUCUUAGAAUUGAUACUGUGAUUUCUGGUACUCCCAAUAGUGCAUUAGUGCAGGUCCUGCAUCGAGAAACUAACACGGUACCUUAUGUUAUUAUGUUCACAUUCCAGCCAUGAUGUGCAUGUGACUAUCUGGCCACUGUUAGUAUUUUAUAAUGAUUUAUGCAUCGGAAUUAAAGGGAUAGUUCACCCAAAAAUGAAAGUUGGAUGUCUGUCUGCUUAUCCUCAGGGUAUCCAAGAUGUAGAGGAGUUUGUUUCUUCAGUAAACACAGUAUGUUUACUGAAGAAACAGUAUGUCAGUCAUAUAAUCAAAGUCAAUGGGUAACAUGCAAAAGACUUAAAAAUGUGUCACGUGCCGGAUGUUGUGAAUAAGCGGAGGAUUUUAGUGUAUAAGAGGUAAAAAAGAUAUACUGUAUUUUUGUGCAGACCGAUGGUUUUGUGCAUUAAAUCCUCAAUGUAUGGUCACGAGCAGUAGGGUUUCAUUUGGUUUCGUCUGUGUAUGUUUUGUUUUUCUUUGGAAUGCCUGGGGCCCCGUUGACUUCCGUUAUAUAACUGACAGACUGCAACGGUUUGUGUUUACUGAAGAACCCAUAUCUCCUACAUCUUGGAUGCCCUGGGGGUAACCAGAUAAACAUCUAAUAAAACGUUUUUGGUGAACGAUCUCUUUAAGUAUUUAUAAUGAUUUAUUAACAUUAAGAGACUGUCUAACGUAUCAGUUUGAUGUCUAUAAUGGUGUCUUCUAUGUAACAUUUUAUUUGAUCUGUUAGUCCUAUUUCCUCAGAACAACUGUACAAGCCUGGUCAGGCCAAGUUUGAGCAAAUUGUCCAUCGAAUAUUAAAGAUCAAUUGUCUUUACUAGAAUGUGCCUUGAAAAUGCUGCUGUAGUAGAUGAUAAAGUGUAUGCAAUGAUUAGUGAUAAUUACCAUAGCAAAUAUUUUGACUAUAAAUUGUAAUAAAAUUCAACUUUUAUAAAAAAA